AUGAAACCUCGUAAAUCAGUACUUGGUUAUUUUGGAAGUGUGUUUGGUUUGAAAACCAGUGAUACCAACACAACACCUCCAAAAGUUGAAGAAAAACCAAUCAGCAGAGAGGAUUUCCAUAGCGAUGAGCAAUAUCAAUUGUUUUUGCAGUUGAAAGAACAGUGGGAAACUUUUUUAAAAGAGGCUUCGUUAUAUUCCGAAACUGAUACUGCCAUCUAUUCCAUCAUCACCCUAUUCCAUAAAGUAUUCUAUAAUCAAAACAUGUUUCAACAUCAUUUCCAUCAAAUCUUUAAAAACACACAAACAUUUACAUCAACAGUCACAUAUCGAUUGAAAAAAGAUAUCGAGAAUGCUUUAAAGGAAACUCCUUCAAUUCCUCCACCAUCUCCCUUUAAUGUAUCACAACAAGAUUUUGAUCGAAAUAACGUUCAAGACAUUGGAAAUCACAAUGUCAAACUCUCUCUCAUGCAUUACUUGAUUUCACGAGAAAAACACUCAUCAGAUAUUGUCAACACUUUAAUCAUGUUGAUAUCAAACCACGAAGAGGUUGUGGCACCCUUCGUUAUUGAUUUCAAAAUAAUUUCUCUUGUUAUCAACAUUUUAGAAAUUGUUGCUCAGAUCAACUCUAAAGAUAUCGAAGACUAUGACAUUAAGUUUUCUCAUGAUUUUGACUCUCACCAAAAUUUGCUACUUGACUCUUCUUCUGACAAUAACCAAACCAAUGACAAGAAACAAUUAACUACCAAAGAGUGUCUCGAAGUUUCAUGUCAACAACUUGUUUCAUUUGUUCAUCAUUGUCUCAACAAUAGAGAGUUAUUUGACACAUUAAAACUCAGUGAUGACGUUUUGACAUUGAUAAGAAUAUUAACAAGUUGCAGAGGUGAAGAAGGUUUUAACUUUGCACAAAAGUUAGCACUUGAUCUUUUAUUUGCUCUUCUCAUCAAAGCUGAUGUGGCAAUGGCUGACAGCUUUCAUAAGAAGAAGAUCAUUUAUCUUCUCUUAGAUUCAUUAAGUAUGAUCAAGUCCAAAAAUUAUCUCAAUAUUUGCUCAAUUAUUGAAACAUUGGUGUCACUUUUAAAACAAACAAUUUCAGUCUCUCCAUUAUUAUACAGAGAUUUUAAUGAUGCCAAUGGUCAUUUAAUCAUGCAGGAAGCUCUUAUUGAAUGUGAAUCAAAAUUUGAACAAGACACUUCAACUAUGAAAGUGGCUCUUCACAACUUUAGCGAUUUACUGUGCAUUGGUGAAAGAGCAAUAGAACCACCUCUAGAUUAUUUGCAACAAUUGAAUAUUACUACUAGUAUUAAUGCCAACAAUGAAAGAAGAAUUAAGAACAUCACCAUCUAUCAGUCCAUGAUCAAUAUUUUCCUGAAAUGUAACACUGAUAGUUUGAAACAAGAAAUUGUUGAAAUAUUACUUGUUACCUUUGCUGAUAAUAGUAUGAAUUAUCCAUCUGUGCAUCAUUUACACAAUGUGGCCUUACUCACUCGAAGUUUACCUGAUUUCUCUGAAAAGAUUCAACAAGCUGUAUUGAAGUUGAUUGAGUUUAUAUUCGCAGGACUAAAUUUUGCUCCAUUGGAAGAAUUAAAAAUGCUUGGUGAAUUAAUGAGCAGUAGAGAAGCAGCUCCUAAAUUGGUAUUGAACGUACUUGUGUUGAUCAACAAGUUACUCAAUUUUGAUUCUAGAUUCAGUACAAGAUUUAAAGAAGCUCUCCUCUUUGAAAAGAUCAUUUUCUUAUUGGGUGAUGAGUUUGAAGGAGUUUUGAACUUGGGAGAAUAUAAGGACCAAGAGGAGAGAACCAAUGUUCUUUUAAAACUCUUAGAUUUAACCAUUCAAGUAUUGAUUUCCAUGCUUCAAAAAUCGAAUGAUAACAUUAGAGCCUUUAGAGAGGCAGGAGGUGUCUCUGUAUUACAAAAGAUGUUAUUGAAUGAUGUCAUUCGAAGUGCUGCUUUGAAGGUCUUUCACACCAUUAUUGUUCAAGACACUUCCCAACAGAGUAUUGAUGUUUCAGUGUUGGUUGAAAUUUUACAGACAUCCAAACGAUCGAAUAUUCCUCUCAAAAUUGCAAUUUUUAAUGCUCUUACAAAAAUGUUCAAGAGUAAUGAGAGAGCAAAGGAUUCCUUUAGAGAUGCUGGUUUUGUAGCAAGUGUAUCCAUUCUCAUCAAUACUCCAUGUCCAACUCUUUCAGUACUCUCAAAACAAUUGAACAAGUUGUUAGAGGAUGGCUCUUCACACUCUUCAUCAUCAGAGGUAGAUAAAAGUCCAAUGGACGAUGAAGAAAUGUAUGAACAAUCGGAUAUUGUGAAAUUGAUGCAAGCCAUGUUCACAGCUCUUGCCACUUCAUUGCAAAAUCAUCCAAGAAACAAGUUAUCAUUUUUACCAACAGUCGGAGAGAAUGGUAUGAUUGAUGCUCUCAAUGUGAAUGGAAUUAUGAAUACUGAUCAUCGAAAGGAAGUAUUUCAAUGUUUAAUUGAUUUUGCUACUGAGAGAUGCAUUGAAGAAUUUGAUGCAGCCAAUCAAACCUCAACCAUUGUUUCUUCUUUCAACAGUGUUUCUUCAGGAAGUUUAAGUUCUUCCAGCAGCAAUACGCCUUCGACUCCUCUACAAUCAUCUUCUUUACAAUCAUCUUCAAAAUCUGUGAAUACCAACGAGCUCUAUAUGAACAUUGGUGGAUUGCUCGUUACGAGAUGCCCUGUCCUGCACAACCCAUUUGGUUUAAUAUUUUGUUUAAAACUUCUUCAUCAUGCCAAUGAAGAUCUUCAACUUGCAGUGUUGAAGGUGAUUGAACUCAUGUUAAAGAUUGGACCACUCAAUCUCGAAGGUUUAUCUAACAUUAAGAUUGUUGAUUUUAUUUUAGAUCAUUUAUAUUCACAAAUGGUAGAUACCAAUCACAAAUUUAGUGCGACUCUUCUCAACAUUUGUGAAAAAGUUGCAUGUUACCGAUUAUCACAAUUGGAAUGGAGAAAAUUACUUUCUAUUUUUGCUGAUAAGGAUCAUCCACCCUGCAUGUUGAAACUUGUCAUGAACGCUGCAAAGAAGGGCGUGAGUACACCAUUUAUUGAACUUCGACCAGGAUCAGAAUGUCCAAUAUUACAACUCACAGACAAGACAUGGAACAGUUCAAUGACUGCUGGCUACACAUUCUCAUGUUGGUUCUAUCGAUCCAAUGAUAUUGCAUCGACUCCAAAGAAGAGACUCUUACACUCUCAUCAGAGAACCUCUUCCAAUGCCAACUCUAAGAGACUCUCUUCCACCAAUUUUUCCGAUGUGAAUGUAUUCAUUUUAUUGAAUCUACACUCAGACGAUGGAAAAUCAUUUUUACAAUUUCACCUAAGACCCGAUGGAUAUCUUGAAUUCCAAAAUGGACCAAAAUCCAAACGUAUUCUCUUUUCCAAGUAUAAAUUUGAAGCAGAUCGAUGGUUUCACUUGGUCAUUACUCAUCAAAGAAAUCGAUUGUCGAGUAGUGUCAUGACUGUCUAUGUUGAUGGUAAAAUGGAAGAAUCUCAAAAAGUUGGAUUUAUUAAUCCAUAUGCUGCUGGUUCAAAAGUGACUGGACUUCUCGGAAAGAACUUUACAGAUAGUAUUGAUAAUUGGAGAAUUGGACCUUCAUUCCUCUAUGAAGAUGUUUUAUAUCCUGAAGCAGUGGCUUCCAUCUAUGUUGCAAAUAAUACCUAUACAGGUUAUUUCCAAGGAAAUUACACUCCUCAUAUGGAUCUACUCACUUACCAUCUUUAUCCAAAUUACAUUCGUCUGUUACAGAGAGUGGAAACGAAACGAAAUAUUUCCACAGAAAGUGAAGCCAAAGAGAAUAGUAUUACUGUUUCAUCCUUUAAAUUAUCUCCAGAUAAGAUUGUCUUUGCAUUCAAUGCUCUCAAUCACUCUUUACGAUCACUUGAACCUCAAGACAAUAGAAAUAACACUUUGGUGUUGGAAAGUAUACACAAUGAAAAGAAAACACCAAAAGUUCUUCUCUCCAAUUUAUCACGUGCCUAUGUGUGUUGUCCAACCUCACUCUCUGAUAACAUUCUCAACUCAGAUGGCAUUGUUGUUAUUUUGGCAUUGAUUGAACGAGCUGAAACUUGUCAAUCUCUCUACGAUUCAUUACUUUUAUUGUAUAAUAUAAUGAUGGACUCACCAUUGCAAAUCGAUGAAGUGGAAAGAAUUUCAGGAUAUGAUAUCAUUGCUGGUUUUAUUAGAAAAAAGACAACACUUCUUGAUGCUAAAAUUUUACAAUUACUUUUUGAUUUUGUGUUGAUGGGAAGUGGAGAUCAGAAGGAAAUUGUGACCAAUUUAAAGGCAUUUAUUUGUUUAAUUAUUGAUUAUGAUAUUUGGAGAAAGACAGAUCUUGCAAUUCAAAUUGAACUCUUCAAGAAAAUUAAGGGUUUAAUUGCGGAUAGUUAUUAUUCUCAUUGGAAUGUCAUUAGACUCAAAACCACGGGUAUUGUAAACAAAUUACUUCACAUUUUGAAUGAGUCUCCUUCUGUUCAAAUUGUAGAGCUCAUUGUCGAUGCUUUACAUUUAUUAUUCAAACAUAGAAUGUCCGACAAUGAUAUGAUCUCUGUUUCGAACUUUAUUAUGAACUCUUUGGAUGACUCGGUAUUAAUUUCUCAGAAACAACGAAGUUCAAGUUGGGUCAUGAUUAGUCCAAGAAAUUCAUCCAACACUUGUCUCACACAAGUUUCAUCACUCAGCGAUAUGACUAGUGGAAUUUCAAAUACCACCUCUACCACUACCUCUACUACUACCUCUACUUCUACCUCUACUACUAAUUCAAGAAAGUUAAAACGUCAAAGUAUUACCACCAUGACUUUAACCAAUGUUGCCUCUAGAAAUUUACUAUUGAGAGUCAUUUAUGAUUUGGCAAGUAGAGAUGAAAAGUAUCUCGAGUUAUUUUCCAAACAUGUGGAUGAUGUAUGGUUUUAUCAAUUUGUGAAUGAAAAGACUCAUCCAAUAUCAUUGAUCUUAUCCUUACAACUUUUAUCAUUACUUUUAUUGCAAGGAAAGAUCAAACCAGAUAAUAUUUUACCAAGUUUGAAAAGAGGAUUAAUUCCCUAUUGCAAUCAACCCGAUGUUUACUAUACAUUGUUACUACUCAUGACACGAACUAUUUUCACAUAUCCAGAAGGAACAUUCUCAUCGGAACAAGAUUUGAGAGAUUCUCUCGAUCAAAUUUCAAAAAUGUUCCUUGAAAAGAGUGCUGCUGUGACAGACAUUAUUUUCUAUAAGGAAGUCAUUCCCAUUCUCUUAGAAUUAUUGAAUCAUAAUUAUUCUCCAACAAUAGAGAGUGCUCUCUAUGGAGAAGUUUCUGCUGUUCAUUAUUUUGCCAAAUUCAAGAAUGAAGAAAAGACUUUGGAAGCCUCUCGUCGAUGGACUCUGUUGAGAAAUGUGGUCAUGUAUAAUAAGAAUUUCCCCUCGACAAUAGGAGGUAAUGAGAGUAAUUGCAGUAUUAGUAGUAGCAUCAGCAAUAACCCUUCACAACAACCUUCACAACAACCUUCACAACAACCCUCCUCAAGUUCUAAUGAUGAAAAUUCAUCUCCUCCAAUUCUAAUGAUGGAAUCAUUACUUUCAAUGAAAUUAGAAGAGAGACCACGUGAGAAUAAGAUUACAGAAGAGAUACUUUCUUUAUUGAAGAGAAUAUGGAGUGCUUCAAAUGAUCUUAAAACUCAUUUCAGAAAAUAUGAAAGUAUUCAAGCAUUGAGUCAAAUCAUUUUUGCGUUGGAAAUGAAUCGAAAACCUAAAACAGAUGUUGACAAUUUCCUCAAUCAUCCCAUUGCACUCUCUGUAUUAUCCAUGAUUAGAGCGAUUGCAAGAUUUGAAUUUUCAACUGCUUCCAAAGCAGUUCAAGUGGUUGAAGAUAUUUUGAGAGCUGUUCCAAUGACUCUUGUGAGUGAAUCAUCCAUCACAUUGUAUCGACGUUGUAUUUUGUCUUCUCUCAUCAAAGUCUAUUCCAGUGAAAAGGUCAUGUCUUGGGCUCAAGCAAAAGAUAGCAAACUUGCAGGAAAUUUAUCACUGUUGGCAUCUUUUGUGGUUGAUAUGCAUUAUGCUUCAGUACUUCCAUUGACAAGUUAUGUGGAAACUUUGAAUUUCAUUGUUCAAGUCGUGUCCAUUGUCAAAGUCAUUGAAGAGCCAUCCAAGAGUCUUUCCUUGUCAAGUCUUUUCAGUGCCAAUGCUGCCAUGAAGAAGGAAGGAACAUUGCCAUUCUCUUUGAGAUCAUUGAAUCGAAUGAUUUUAUAUACCUUCUUACAAGUCUCAUCGGAAGAGUUUACUGAGAAGGUUUUGUCCACCAUGUUAGAAACCAAAGCAUUUAUUACCACAUUGGAUACUUCAAAUUUAGAUUAUGAAUAUUUUUCAUCUAUUUUUGCAGUGUUAUUCAAUUUAAUGAAUGAUGGAUCUCCUAAAGUCAAAGAUACGACAGUCAAGUUAUGGAAAUUAAUUGUUGCAGCACAACAUGAUACCAAUUUACUUCCAACUAUAUUCAUGUUACCAAAAGAUAAGAAUAAUCAAACCAUCUUGUUGGAUCAACAACAAUUUUCCAAUGAAUUUGUGGAAGGUUUUAGAAAAUUAUUGGACUCGGAUGUGAAUAACUUUUUGAAAUGGUUUACAGAGAAUUUUGAUAUUAUCUCUGAAUUCUUUAAUAACAAUCUUGCCAAUACUCUCACUUUGUAUAUUGAGAAUGAGAAUAAGCAUACUCAAUCCGUUUUAACACUCUUGCAAAAUGAUUUGAGACUUCGAUCCUCUUCAAAGAGUGAAAGAAAACUUGGAGAAGGUGCAACCUAUUUGAUUGGAGCUGCAAAAUCACAACUUCGAACUGUGAUUGAAAUGGAAGAAGAACGAAAUCAAAUGCUCAUUGAAGAGAGUAUUAUUAGAAUCAAAUUUGCCAUGGAUACUUGGCACAAUUUAUACGAUUUGUUAUUUAUGGAACGUGGAACAUGGUCUCAUCGGGCAAAUCGUCAACUCGAUCAAUCACUUCUCGCUUGGAGAUUGGAUUCUACGGAAGGACCCAAACGAAUGAGAAUUAAGCUUGAACAAUUCCACUUGGAAAGGGCCUAUGAAGUUGCUAUUCAAUCCAAUCCUUUGAGAGAACAAUAUAGUAUUACUGGAAAGAAGUCAUCAUCUUUGAGAACAAGUCCUUCCUCCCAUAUGGGAACUGGAGGUUCUUCUUCUUCUUCAACAACAACAACCAAUGCAGUCUUGAUUGAUAUGAAUGAUCACAUGACUACUAACACUUCUACUACAAAUGAUAACAUUCCUACCACCACUACCACUACCACAAAUAAUACUAGUUCUGUUACAAGCACGGUGAGUGAAGAAAAGAAAAUGGAUGUCUUGAAGGAUCAAUUUGAAAAAUUCCAAGAAUGGAGUUAUCUCUCUCCUGCUAAACCUCUUCCUAUUACUGCUGACUCUAAGAGAGUGUCAGGUCAUGAAGAUGAUUCUAUGAAGUUCAGUUCUUCUGAACAAUUAGGACUCGAAAUGACACUAUCAAACAUGAUCACAUUGGAUGCCAAUGAUGUAUCUUUAGAACUCACUCCAACACCUCUUGGAAUUAAUCGAAACAAACCAUUGAGUCAAGAUCAAGACAAUACUGCAACAUUGGAUGAAACUUUGAGUGAUACGACACAUGAAGGAACAGCUGAUACGAAUCUUGAUGCUGCCACAGCCGAUGAUAUUGAUGAUGAUUUAUUAUAUGAAGAUGAAAUGGGAGAAGAUUUCAAGAUUAGAAAAUUAAUUGAACCAGGUGAUUCGAUUUUAUUUAUUUAUAACUCAUUGAGAAUUAAUGGAUUGGAUGGACAAAAAUCAUUAUUUGUGAUUUGUAAAAACAAUGCCUAUAUUAUUGAUAAUUAUGUCAUGACCGAUGAUGACAAGUUAAUUGAAGUGAAAGGAGAUCAUUCAACACUGAUUGAAACUACAGUACCACCUUCCUCGAAUAGUAAUUCCAAUAACAAUACUAAUACUACCAAUAACAAUACUACUAAUUCCAAUAACAAUACCAACAACAACAAUACUAACAACAACACUCAAGAGAACUCAACGGACAUUUCACAUGAAACAAUCAAAAUUCCACUCUCUGAAAUUAAUGAUGUCUUAAAGAGAAGAUACUUGUUGAGAGAGACUGCUGUUGAGAUUUUCUGUAGUGAUGGUCGUAAUUUCUUUCUCGUCUUUGAAAAGUCAGACAUGUUAAAAGUUCAUGAAAAAUUGAAACUUUCCGAUCACAUCAAACAACACCACAAUAAGAAAUCCUUCCCAUCACUCAAAGUCAUGCAAAUGAAAUGGCAAAAAGGAGAAGUAGAUAACUUUGAAUAUCUCAUGUAUUUGAAUACAUUGGCAGGAAGAUCUUUCAAUGAUCUCACUCAAUAUCCCAUCUUCCCAUGGGUACUCUCAGACUACAGCAGUGAAGAACUCAAUUUCAAUGAUCCAAAAAUUUAUCGAGAUUUAUCCAAACCGAUGGGUGCCAUUGAUGAGACUCGUGCGAAAAUGUUCCGUGAGAGAUAUCAGAGUUGGUGUGAUCCCUAUAUUCCUAAAUUCCAUUAUGGUUCACAUUACAGUAGUGCUGGUAUUGUCUUGUAUUACAUGUUGAGAAUUGAACCCUAUACUUCACAAUGUGUGGAAUUGCAGGGUGGAAAAUUUGAUAUUGCCGAUCGAAUGUUUCAUUCCAUUAAAGAGACAUGGGAAUCUGCCUCUACAGAUUUCUCACUCUCAGAUGUGAAAGAACUCAUUCCUGAAUUCUACUUUUUACCAGAAUUUUUAAUUAAUAAGAACAAUGUUCAAUUUGGACUCAAACAAAAUGGUCAUCCAGUGAAUGAGGUUGAAUUACCACCAUGGGCACACAAUAAUCCACAAUAUUUUGUAAGAAUGAUGAGAAAGGCAUUAGAAAGUGAUUAUGUUUCAGAACAUUUGAAUGAAUGGAUUGAUUUAAUUUUUGGACACAAACAAAGAGGUCCUGAAGCUGAGAAGGCACUCAAUGUAUUCUUUUAUUUAACAUAUGAAGGAUCUGUAGAUAUUGAUAGCAUUUCAAAUGAAGUAGAAAAGAGAGCCAUCAUUGCUCAAAUUAGUAACUUUGGUAAUACUCCACAACAACUCUUUACAAAACCUCAUCCUCGAAGAAAUACCAAUCAAUUAUUGGAGAAACAAUUGACUUUAUCACCAACAACAACUAGUAUUACCGAUCAAGAAUUUAAUGUUGAAAUAAUGAGCGCUUCUACUACGAGUGCUAUGAAUACAACUGCCAUGAAUACCACCACAUUGCCAAUAGGAAAUUCUGAAACAAUUUCCAAUGAAUUCAGUGGUGGAACGACAAUGAUUGAUCCAACAACAAAUUCAAGUAACAUGGUUCUCAUGUCUGGAGCGAGUGUCAUUAGUAAUUUGGUAUUGAAUCCAUUGGGAUCAACAAAUACUCCACAACAACUUCUUCCAAGUUACAAGAAACCUUUAGAUCCAAAUCUGGUGACAAUUUCAUUCAUCAGAUUGAAGGGUAGUGUGGCAGAUGAUGUGACCUAUGUCAAUGAUUAUGGAAGUAGUAGUAUUGUAUCAGAAUUACAAACUGGUAUUGUUACACCUUCAUUGACAGCUACUAUUGGAAAAUUAACAGGAAGAUUUAAUAAGGCAUUAACAUUGAAAGAAUCACAAUCUUUGAACAUUUCAGAAAUGAGUGUCAUUAAUAACUCCUUAUCCAUGAUUAAUCCAUUCUCAGGACAAUCGACAUUGGAAUUGGCAACUCCACAGUCAUGGGGAAGUUUAGCCAUUGGACAAAUUUCACUCACUCAAAAGCAAUUAGUGAAUGGCAUUGUGGCUGUCAAUAAGAAUUGUUUCUUUGCAGAUUCAAAGAGUUCCAAAUACUAUUCAUAUGGUCAUUCUGAUUUUUCAUUACGAUUAUUUAAAGAUAGUAACAGUGAAACACCCAUUGCAGUCCAUGAACGAUUACACACUUCACAAAUCAGUUUUGCAACCAUUACCAAAGACUAUCAAGUACUUGUGAGUGGAGGUGAAGAUAGUGUUGUGAGUGUUUUCAAGAUUAAGAAACACAAGAAAUCAGAAACAUUAGAAAUUCAAAAGAGAUUGUGUGGUCAUACCGAUAAGAUUUCAUAUAUUGCAGCAAGUGUAGAGUUUAACAUUAUUGUGAGUGGAAGUUAUGAUUCGACAUGUAUUGUUUGGGAUUUGAGUCGACUCAAAUAUGUUCGAGAAUUGGAAAUGCCAUAUGAUGAUGUUGACAAUAAGCCAAUUUCAUGUAUUUCUGUAUGUCCAACAACAGGUCAAAUUAUUGUUUGUCAAUGGACAAGAAUUACAGUCUAUGCCAUUAAUGGUGAUAUUUUAGCAAGUAAGAAUCUUGGAAGAGCUCCAAUUACCACUGUGACUAAAGCAACCAAUCCCUAUGAUGGUCGAGAGUUAUUGUUUGUUGGUCAUAGUAAUGGAGAGAUUAAUAUUUUGGAUAUGGAAUAUGUCUUGUCCUCAGAAACUCAGAGAAGAGAACUCACGUUGACCAAAGUGCAUUCCUUGAAGGAUCACAAAUCCUCUGUGACUUGUCUCUAUCUCACUCCAGAUAUGAAGAAACUCUACAGUGGUGGUGAAGAUGGAGUUGUUUGGAAAUACACGGUGAACAAUAAUUAA